AUGAGCGAGCCGUGGUCGACGUUCUCAUCUCGGCGAGCGUGGUCGGUUGUCGCUCAUCCUCACUCGCAACCAUGGCCAAGGGUGCGUCCGACUCGCCCAUGCCCUCCACAGAGUCUCCAGCUGACCCUACACCCUGCCCCCGUCCUCCCUGCUGCCGCCGUCGUCCUUCUCCCCUCCCACCACACCUCCGUCACCCGACCUCGCCUCGCACGACUCGCCGCACCUCACCCUGCGCCUCGCCGACCACCAGUCCCGCGCUCGUUCCGCCUCCUCGAAGAGCUCGAAAAGGGCGAGAAGGGCAUCGGCGACGGCACGUGCUCGUACGGCCUCCAGGACGGCGAGGAGAUGUCGAUGAACCAGUGGAACGGCACCAUCAUCGGGCCCGGCCACUCGGUCCACGAGAACCGCAUCUACUCGCUCUCGAUCCGCUGCGGGCCAAAGUACCCGGACGAGCCCCCCGAGAUCACGUUCCUCACCCGCAUCAACCUCCCCGCCGUCGACCAGAACCACGGCAAGGUCGACCCCAACAAGCUCGGCGUCCUCGCAAACUGGAAGCCGACCUUUACGCUCGAGACGGUCCUCGUCGAGCUCCGCAGGGACAUGGCCUCGCCGACGAACCGCAAGCUGCCGCAACCUCCCGAGGGCACCAACUUCUGA